CACCUGGAGGCUGGAAUAGGUAUGCCCCCACAUUUCCCGUUCCUCUGCCACCAACAUAUUAAAUAACUCGUGCGCGUGUGCUUGUGCAGAGAGAGAGAGAGAGAGAGAGAGAGAGGAAGAGACAGGGAGGAUGGAGUGCACGUGUGAGGAGAUGAUGGAGGAGGUAAGGGAAGAGCUGCAGGGGCUCGAGAGGCGGCACCCAUACCGUUUAGGGCAUCUCAAGGCGGAGCUCGAGUCCUUCAUCAACUGCGUGGAGUCCCAGCACUUGCUGCUUCACUGCAACAAUCGCAUGCCCUACCCACCAUUCUCUUCCUCUUUCUCGGUCAGCACUCAAGAAUCAACCUGCGGGACGAGCAAGAAGAGAGGGGCGCAAGAGAUGGAGGGUACCAGAGCCGGCCCGUCGCCGAAACGGAGUGUCUUGAAGGGUACCAGAGCCGGCCCGCCGCCGGAGCGGAGUGUCUUUAAGGGUACCAGAGCUGGCCCGUCGCCUAAGCGGAGUAGGAUCGACGUUGUUCUCGACAGAGCCAAAGCCUGCCUGCAGAAGAUCCAAGAAUUCAAGGCCAGCUUUCGCUGAUGCUGCUACCUUCCCCAAGAAGGAAUUUGAGAAUGAAUGCACUUAAUGCUCUUUUUCAUUUCCAUUUCCAUGUAGAUAGUCAUUCAUCUACUGCCGACUUUAAUACUGGCAAACUCGAACAGGAUACACAGCAAAGACAGGAUAAUAUUAUUUUAUUAUCAAAAUGCCAUUUACAUAUCCUGUGCUGUAUCAUAUCCCUUUGGACCUGAGCAUAUUUUUGAAAGGUUAUAUUUUGAUUAUUGUC